AACCACCGUAUUCAGUUCCAGAGAGCUAAUUUAUUUCUGCAUUGUAUUAGCUACAAUAUAUUAACGAAUGCAUGUGUAUUUAGAGAAAAUGAGCACCGUGUGAUUAUCAGGGUGUUCAGACGAGAACCGUGUAGUGCUGAUAUAUGGACCACGUCGAGAAAACACUGAACUAAACAAGAAAGCUAUGGCUUCGGCACAGCCUCCAAACUUCUCCUGGGUGGAUCCUGGUAAGGUUGCGGGGCUGGCAAUGCCCCGGACGACGGCCCACUAUCAGUAUCUGCUGAACAACGGCAUUAAACAUCUGGUGACCCUGAGCGAGCGCAAACCUCCUUACCACGACACCUGUCCAGACCUGACCCUUCACCAAAUCAGGAUUCACGACUUCUGCGCGCCAACGUUUGAUCAGAUCAACAGAUUCCUGUCCAUAGUGGAGGAGGCCAAUGCUAGAGGACAGGCUGUUGCGGUGCACUGUUUGCAUGGUUUUGGGCGGACGGGUACGAUGCUGGCCUGUUACCUGGUGAAGAGCAGGAAAAUCACUGGAAUCGAUGCCAUUAAUGAGAUAAGAAGCAUACGCCGAGGGUCCAUUGAAACCAGAGAGCAGGAACAAAUGGUGGUGCAGUUUUAUCAACAAAAUAAGGUGUAAAAUAAAGCAAUAAAAGCUCUAAUCAGCCGUGGUUUAUAGAGAAUUUAUAACUUAAAACCCCCUUAGCUGUUAUAAAUUCACUGUAAACCACAGCUUCACUGGGUUUAUAGCUUUUAAAAAACGGUUAUUCCAUAUACGUAGUAAGGUUUCACAGAAUAAAAACC